UCCUUCCAACGGGAUUGAUCUCGCACGCUAUCUACAAUUUGCUAGAUAUCAUUCUUGUCAAUAACUCUACAAUAAAUCAUCAUGGUUAGGAUUGGAAAUCCACUCUUUACCGUUCUUUUUCUUGCAACAUCAUCGGUGAUCUUGUUCAGCAUGAAGAACUUUUAUGAUAAUUAUUUCUUCAACGGUCAUUAUCAACGUGCUUCUUUAGAGGUACCAAAAAGACUGACCGCAGGAAUUAAUCAAAAUAAUGUGACACAAAAUACAACUAUUAAAGUAUCCGUACCUCUCGAUGAUACUCAGCAGCAAAGACGCUCACACCUCCUGAAAACAUGUGAGGGUUUGAAUGCCAGGAAACAUCCAGAAAACAUUGAUGGUCUGAGCGCCGACACCUUAAAGAAAAUGGAUAACAUAUUCGUUAUAGAUAAAUUCAAAACUCUUUAUUGCUAUAUUCCCAAAGUUGGUUGUACAACUAUGAAGCGAAUGCUUCUUUUGCUCAAUGGCCAUAUAAACUCAACUAACGUAGGCCAUGAAGAGGUUCAUGCCCUUGCCUCGAAGUACUUUCCAUCAUUGGGUAAGUUCAGUCUGGAAGAUGCAAAAGAGAAAAUAAAAAACUAUCGUAAACUGAUAUUUGUUCGCGAACCAUUCUCACGGAUUUUGUCUGCAUAUCGGGAUAAACUCGAAUCAAAGGGAUCUUUCAAGACAAAUUUUCUGCCUCGUAUGGUCAACAGGGAUGCUAGAUCAAUGGCUGGGGGUAAUGAAGGCCUCAACAUCACUUUCGGUAAUUUUAUUGAUUACGUCAGUAAUCCAUGGAAUACACUAGCCGAUCCUCCAGAAGAGCAUUGGAGGGAGAUGUUCCGUCUAUGCUAUCCAUGCCGAGUUCCUUACGAUUUCAUUGGACGUUUUGAAACAUUUAAUGAAGAUAUUCGCGAGGGUUUGCAAAAAAUUACUCAAGAUGUUGACAUAGAAAUUCCUGCGUCAUCGAAUCCUACUAAAAGUAGUAACUUGGACACUUUGGUUAAAUACUACUCGCGACUCAGUUCGACACAAUUAGAAUCGCUCUACAAGAGACUCGCGACAGAUAUAGAAUUAUUCAACUACAGAGUCCCGUCUUUUCUUGCUGAUCGUUUCUUUUCUUCGUAAUAGACUUUAGUUUGAUUGCAAGUGCCUAUAAGACAAUUAUGAUCUAUCUUUAUUUGUUUGCUGAUGUGCCUCUGUAGGAAAGUAGAUAUUAAUCAGUGGUGUUUUGAUGUUCUGUUUUUUUAAGUUGUAUACGACUUUUUUUCAAACCAUUGAAACUGUUCUUGGGUGAUAAAUGUUAUAAUCAGACUCCUAAUAAUCGG